UUUCACUUCUGUAGGUAGGGGUGAGACCGGUUUGUCUAUAGGCUUUGCCAAGUACUCAUCCACCUGCGAUUCACACACAGACCAGCUCCAUUCGGGGUUAGCGACUACAUAAACAACGAGCUUGGCAAGUGAGCGUCAACGUGAACAUCAACAUGGCCGAUGUUUUUAUGUCAAGUGCCGAACAUAUCCUGGGCAUGUGCUUUGAAAUUUACAAAAUGACGGAAAAGGCAAAGUCCAACAAGACCCAGUGCCGGCAAGUGGGCGCGCGCGUGCGCACUUUGGAGAGGAUGGUACAGAGCAUCAAGGAGCGACCUGAAAACGUCUCACCCGACAUCGAGGAGGCCCUCGAGAAACUUGCUCAAAGUCUUUUUAAAGCCAAAGGACUCAUGAGCCAAGUUUCUAAAACCAAAGCUUUUGUCAGCAUCAUAAAAUCGAACUCUAUUGAGUCUAAGUUCCAAGAAGUGAGCCAGAACCUCACCGACGACAUCCAGGUGCUCUCCAUGGCGCUCCAGAUCAGCCACGGCAACACCCUCAGGGAGGGCCUGAUGACUAUCGCGGCUCGACAGAGUACAGCCGCAUUCGACCGCCACGCGCCUCUCCAACACCAGCCUGUUCCCCAGUCACCUACUGACAUGGGCCUGAAGACUAUCGCACCUCAACAGAGUACAGCCGCAUUUGACCGCCACGCGCCUCUCCAACACCAGCCUGUUCCACAGUCACCUACAGACAUGGUACUUGUUGGCAAGUCACCUGUAACACAGGCACCCCCCCCCUAUUCGCCAGUGUCCCCAUCGCCCAUGAUCUCCUACGCCAUGCUGUCCCCUCCCACUGUGGUAGUACACAGCCCUCCGCCUAUGAUCUACCAGCGCCCCAUAAACACUGUGACCUCCACAGUGAUCAGCUACAAUGGCCCCAAUCCCAUGGCCUCCCUGAAAGUGCCACAACUUGGCUUGUUGCCAUCACCAUACUGCCAGCCAACUUAUGUGACGGGAAACACUGUUAUAAGCAGUUCUUCUCACCCUCUUACCGCUCGAGGGUUCUUUAAAGGGUUUUAAAGAGAGUUCUUUAAAGAGAGUUCUUUAAAGAGACUCCUUUAAAGGGGCAUACAGUGGGGCAAAUAAAUAU